AUGGCAAAUUGGUGGACCCGUGCGGAAUUGUUAGUAGGCGAGCAUGAGGGAUGUGCUGCAUCUCGCAUGUGGCGCAGUGCUUGUUCAACUCUUGUUGUGCCGCACUCAGAUCGAGCUUGGGAUGAGAUCUGUUCUGCAUCACCCCCAGACUCGGUCUGGCAUUCACUGAGGAACUGUGUUGCUUAUCAGGCUGGUAUAUGGCAGAGUUUACUGCUAAAAGGCAUGGAUGAUGUAAUACAGCCCGCUGCAUUUAAACUGGCAAUUGUAUUAAGACACACACCAUCAGAACUUACAGUGCGGCUGCUGGCUGAUAUGCUGCGGUUACAUCCACAAUCACAAGAUUUAAUGUCAUAUGUCCUAUCUCUUCUAACUGAUGACUCACCUUGGUGUGGCUCUUGUAGGGAGUCAGAUGAAUCAGGGGAAGGUUCGGGAGAAAACAUUGCGGGGGAAGGAGCACCCUUAAGAGAUUUGCAGUUAUUCGGUGACUGUGAGCUUGCUGUGCUUGCUGCUUCACGUGAAGAAUACGAUGCCCACGCGAAGCGACAACGCGCAGAGUACAGCGCGAUAACUCAACAACACUAUGUUGAACUACGGAUCAAGAUAUUAAACCAGUUGGUGCAAACCCCAAAGAUCUACCAGACACCUGAGUUUGAGUGUUUCGAGGCGGCUGCGAGAGAAAAUGUGGAACGAGAGAUUUGCACACUGCGAGAGCAUUUACUCACCGGGAGACAUGACUAG